AUGGAAGGGGGCUGUUGUGAGGAGGAGGGGGCCCUGAGGGCCAUGGCCGAGCUCGAGCAGGAGUCACGCCAAGAGGCCAAGCCUGGAGACCUGAUUGACAUUUUUCGCAAUGGCUAUGAGCACUGGGCCAUCUAUGUGGGAGAUGGCUAUGUGGUCCACCUGGCAUCUCUGAGUAAGUGCCCCAAGGUUGUCUCUCCCAGCGUCUGCUCGAUUCUAAGCGACACACCAGUGAUGAAACGUGAGCGCCUGGAGGACGGGGUGGGCUGUCGCUACCGGGUCAACAACGACUUGGAUCGGGAGUAUAGACCACGUCCUGUGACCGAGAUCAUCAAAUCUGCAAAGGAGAAGGUUGGUCAGGAGGUUGAGUACAGUCUUGUGACAAAGUACUGUGAGCACUUUGUCACCGACCUGAGAUACGGCAAGGAACACUGCGAGCAGGUAAGGCCUUCUCUGGCUGCUGCCCAGCAUAAUCGCAAUGAAGCCAGCAAGCCCGAUGUUGACACCUGGAACCAGGCCAGUCACACCUACAGCCACGCCCUUAUCAGUGACGUGCGACAGAAGAGAAGGAGGAUCACACUCAGCACCAAGGGCCAGACCCUGAAUACAUACACCAGGAACCUGCAGCUCAGGAAAGAUCCAUCUGGCCUUGUCCCCUUCUCCUGA